GCGUUGGGCGAGGACCAGGUGCGGAUGACCUCGGAGGGCUCUGACUGCCGCUGCAAGUGCAUCCUGCGGCCGCUCAGCAAGGACGCCUGCAGCCGCGUCAAGGAUGGCAGCGCACGCGUGGAGGACUUCUACACGGUGGAGACGGUGAGCUCGGGGGUUGACUGCAAGUGCUCCUGCACCGCGCCGCCCUCCUCGCUCAACCCCUGUGAGAACGAGUGGAAGAUGGAGAAACUGAAGAAGCAGGCACCCGAACUCUUCAAGUUGCAGUCCAUGGUGGACCUCCUGGAGGGAACGCUCUACAGCAUGGACCUGAUGAAGGUGCACUCCUACAUCAGCAAGGUGGUGGCCCAGAUGAACACGCUGGAGGAGACCAUCAAGACCAACCUGAGCCGGGACAACAACAUCAUGAAGGAGAGCGUCCUGCACCUCGCCGAUCAGAUGAAGCGCUAUGAGAACUACUCCGACAUCAUGAUCAGCAUCAAAAAGGAGAUCUCCAACCUGGGCUACCAGCUGCUGCAGAAGGACGCUGCCGCCACUCCUGACAGCAAGGCACAGGACACGGUGGGUGGCCGUGGGAAGGAGGCGGCACGGUUCCCUGCUGCCCGCAAGGCACUGCCUGCUCGUGCACCCAAGGAGAAACCACUAAAGCCUGAGAAGCCCAAGAAGGAAAACGCCAAGAGAGGGGUCCCGCAGCCCACGACCAAGCCCAGGCUGCCCGCGCAACAGCAGACAGUGGUGCGGGGCAUCACCUACUACAAGGCUGGGCAGGUGGAGGAGGUGCAGAGAGCAGCCAGCAGCCGUGAGAGCCCUGCCAGGGCGGCCAUGUCCGAGCAGCAGGAGGAGCGAGGCCUCGCGGACAUCCCGGCUCAGCCUGGCACACGUGCAGAGUCCCCGGUGCCCCGCACCACAGCUGCGCCCAGCACUGCCCCAGCCCCACGCACCACUGCCCACAGCCCCCCUGGCACUGCCCUCGGGGAUGGGGCUGUCAGCACCGGGAGCCCUGAAGCGCCCAACAGAGUGAAGGAGGUGGAGUGUGAAGGGACCAUCCGCUCGGUGGACCCCCCCACGGAGCACCACAGCUAUGGGCGCAAUGAGGGGGCCUGGAUGAAGGACCCGGCAGCCAAGGAUGACCGCAUCUAUGUCACCAACUACUACUACGGCAACAGCCUGGUGGAGUUCAGGAGCCUGGAGAACUUCAAGCAGGGCCGCUGGAGCAACCUCUACAAGCUGCCCUACAACUGGAUCGGCACCGGGCACGUGGUGUACCGCGGCGCCUUCUACUACAACCGCGCCUUCACCAAGAACAUCAUCAAGUAUGACCUGAAGGAGCGCUACGUGGCGGGCUGGGCGCUGCUGCACGACGUGGUGUACGAGGACACGACGCCCUGGAAGUGGAGGGGGCAUUCAGACAUCGACUUCGCGGUGGAUGAGAGCGGGCUCUGGGUCAUCUACCCCUCGGCGGAUGAUGACUACACGCAGCAGGAGGUGAUCGUGCUGAGCCGCCUGGACCCUGGGGACCUGUCGGUGCGCAGGGAGACCACCUGGAGGACGGGGCUGAAGCGCAACGCCUACGGGAACUGCUUCAUCAUCUGCGGCAUCCUGUAUGCCGUGGACACCUCCAGCCAGAAGGAGGGGCAGAUCUCCUACGCCUUCGACACGCACACAGACACCGAGGCAGAGCUGCGGCUGCCCUUCCUCAACGAGUACACCUUCACCACGCAGGUUGACUACAACCCCAAGGAGAAGGUGCUCUACGCCUGGGACAACGGCCACCAGAUGACAUACCGGCUGCACUUUGUGGUCUGAGUGCUGGUCGGGGCCGCGGGGACAGCCUGGCUCCCCGAGAGCGCCCUCCACCCAGAAGCCCCACACCGUGCUGCACAGUGGGGCCAGGGUGGGGGAGCCCCGGGGUGCAGGGACACCCCCACGACGUGGUGGCUGCUGGGGCUGCGGAGCUGCAUCCCACCUCUGGCAGCUCUGGAAGCCCCGGGGCUGGGCGAGGAGCUCAGCACUGUGUGUCCCCCUGCACCAAGCACCCAUCCCAGCACCGAGCAGCUGCGCCCAGCCUGGCCCCGCCCCUGCUGCAGUCCUGAGUGCUCUUGGCCCACCCGGGACCGUGUUCUGCAGGGCAGGUGCAACUUGGGCACUGCCUCGCCGGGAGGAACAGCCACCGAUUGCUAUUUUAGAAGACGCAAUUAAGAUGCCUUUGCUUUUGCAACUUAUUAGCUUGUUAUUUAAAUGCAUUCACAGGAGCUGUGCGCUGGCACAGAGCAGCGCUGGUGUGACGCUCUGCCCUGCCUAAACCCAGCACCAGCACCAGGAUGGGAUGGGCACGUGGCCAGAGAGCUGCAGCCCUGCGCUCCUCCCCAGGCAGGGCGAGGGCCCUGGAUUGCUUGGCUUGGUUUCUGUCAGUUUAGAAGUGAACAGUAUUAAAAAGUAACAGAUAUAAA